GCGGCCCCGCGGCCCUCCGGCACAGCCCCCUCGGGCCAUUUCGCCCCGUCCCCGGAGGGCGGAGGAGCCGAGCCGGGGGCCGUGGGGCGCCGCCGGCCCCUCCGCAUCCCUCGCUCUGCUCCGGCCCCGGAGGAAGCGGCCGAGGCGGCAGGACGGGCGCGGAGCACCGAGCCCCGCCGUGGAGCCCCGCGGCCGGGCCGGCCUCGGCCCCGGGACCGCCCCGCCGGCCGCCCCUCGCGCAGCCGAUGCCUCCAGCGGAGCCUGCUGAGCCCCGGCCUGCAGCAUGUCCCAGCUCUCCUCCACCCUGAAGCGGUACGUUGACUCGUCCCGCUAUGCCGAGACCGCCUACGGCAGGGUGCCCGCCGGCUACAGCUCCUACUCCUCCUCCUACGGCUCCGCUUUGGCCGCGUCCUACGCAGACAAGGACAAGAUCGGCUUCAAAACCAGCCCCGCCACCAGCUACCUGGCCUCCGCCCGCUGCUGCCACGCGGGGCUCUCCCCCAGCAGCGGCUACGACGCCGGCCGGCUCGCCCUGUACCCCGACUCGGGCGCUCGCCUGAGCCCCGCGUACGGCCGCAGCCAGCCCCGGGCGCCGGGCGCCGGGGGGCUGAGCGGGGGGGGCGCGUGCUAUGCCUUCGCGGGGCCCCCCGGCAGCCCCCCGGGCUACGGGCCCGCCGCCGCCCCCCUCAGCCGUCGCAAAUCCACCAGCCACUCGGACCUGGCGCGGGAGUUCGCGGGGCUGCGCGCCUCGGACAGCGGCUACGCGCCCGCCGCCAGCCCCCCGGCCGCCCGCACCCUCUACCAGGCGGCCGCCCGCUCCGACUACGUCCGCGACUACCUGGAGAGCUACGGGAGGAAAAGCGGCCGCGACGGGCUCCCCGCGGCGCCCCGUGGCCCCAGCUACGCCGGCCCCAGCUACGCCGGCCAGCCCCGCGAGAGGGACAACGGCGGCUGCGGCGCGCCCGCCUGGGACCCCCCGAGCUCCAAGGCGGUGCAGGGGCUGACCGGCCUGCGCAACCUCGGCAACACGUGCUUCAUGAACUCCAUCCUGCAGUGCCUGAGCAACACCAAGGAGCUGCGGGACUACUGCCUGCAGAACCAGUACCUGCGGGACCUCAACAACAACAGCCGCACGCGCACCGCGCUCAUGUCAGAGUUUGCAAAGCUGAUCCAGCUGCUCUGGACCUCGUCCCCCAACGACUGCGUGAGCCCCUCCGAGUUCAAGACGCAGAUCCAGAGAUACGCCCCCCGCUUCGUCGGCUACAACCAGCAGGACGCCCAGGAGUUCCUGCGCUUCCUCCUCGACGGGCUGCACGGCGAGGUGAACCGCGUGCUGGUGCGGCCGCGGGCCAGCACGGACACCCUGGACCACCUCCCUGACGAUGAGAAGAGCCGCCAGAUGUGGAGGAGGUACCAGGAGAGGGAAGACAGCCGGAUCGGGGACCUCUUCGUUGGGCAGCUGAAGAGUUCGUUGACCUGCAGCGAAUGUGGCUACUGCUCCACAGCCUUCGACCCCUUCUGGGACCUGUCUCUGCCCAUCCCCAAGAAGGGCUACGGCGAGGUGACCCUCAUGGACUGUCUACGACUCUUCACCAAAGAGGAUGUGCUAGACGGGGACGAGAAACCGACAUGUUGUCGCUGCAAAGCCAGGACAAGGUGCACAAAGAAAUUCAGCAUCCAGAAGUUCCCCAAGAUCCUGGUGCUUCACCUGAAACGCUUCUCAGAGGCCAGGAUACGGACGAGCAAGCUCACCACCUUCGUCAACUUCCAGCUGAAGGACCUGGACCUCCGGGAGUUUGCCUCGCAGAGCUGCAACCAUGCUGUUUACAACCUCUACGCGGUCUCGAACCACUCCGGCACCACCAUGGGGGGACACUACACCGCCUACUGCAAGAGCCCCGUCUCCAGCGAAUGGCACAGUUUCAAUGACUCCCGUGUCACCCCCAUGUCGUCCAGCCACAUCCGCAGCAGCGAUGCCUACUUGCUCUUCUACGAGCUGGCCAGCCCCUCAUCACGCAUGUAGCCAGCCCUGCCUCCCCGGGGACCCCGUGCCGCCCCACGCCAACCACCGUGGCUCCUCACAGCCCGUUCUCCUUGGGCUUCCAACCACGACCACCG